UUCCCUCGCUCUGUGCUCGUCGUCUCUGGUGCUCCCCUCACUCAUUGCUGGAGCUGAUCUCGACUGCUUCCUCCUUUAGCCUUCUUCUCUCUCUCUCUCUCUCUCCCCCCUCACCGCCGGCGAUCUCCGAGCUGCAUCGCGACUUCUUCCAUCGCCAUAACAGCUUCCUUUCUACCCCAUUUCAAGUGGAAUAGUGCUGUCAAGCCCAUGGACCCCGCGGAGCGCAGGUACUUGGAGGAGGAGGACACUCCUUUCAUGAAGACAGUCAAGGGUGCGACCACCGGUUUCGUCGUCGGCACUAUCUGGGGAACAGCUGUGGCGAGCUGGCAAGACGUUCCCCGGGUCGAGAGGAAUGUUGCCCUCCCGGGGCUGCUGAGGACCCUCAGGAUGAUGGGGAACUAUGGGAUGACAUUUGCUGCUCUUGGAGGAGUCUACAUCGGCGUGGAGCAGCUGGUGCAGCACUACAGGAUGAAGAGGGACUUCGUCAAUGGAGCCAUCGGGGGUUUCGUGGCCGGGGCUACCAUUCUCGGUUAUAAAGGAAGGAGCAUUAACACUGCAAUAAAAGCUGGGUCGGCCCUGGCCUUCACUUCAUCGGUGAUUGAUAUAGGCGGGCAGACCACCAGAAUCGACAAUGGAAAGGAGUACUAUCCUUACACCACCCAGAAGAGGCCCAGCGUCGAGUGAUUUUAUGACCGAUUCAUUCCCUUCUUUGGUCGUGAGUCGGAGACGUGGAAGCAGCAAUGGACGAUGCCUUCCUAAGCGGGCGCCCAGUGUUUCUAAGAGAUGUAAAUACAUACUCUUGGGUGUUUAUGCCUUUCUUUCCUUUGAGCCUUGCAUGGAUUGUCUGAAUAAAUAUGUCUUUCGGUUCGUGUAAACUUUCCUUUUAGGUAGAUGUAUCGGUGUUUCAGUGGAGAUGAUAAAGAAAGAUACCUAUGUGAUUCAUGUCGA